CACAACACGUUAUCCACCACCGGUGCCGAAUCAUCAGGAAGUCGAUCAUCGUCUUACUAAAACCAAGAAAAAACUAAGAAUAAUCAGCAACAAUGAAUGUCUCUCAUGAAGUAAAUUUGCUGGUGGAGGAGAUUCAGCGACUUGGCAGUAAAAAUGCUGACGGUCAAACCAGUGUGAAGUUCGGCGUGCUCUUCAAUGACGACCGCUGCGCCAACAUCUUCGAGGCUCUGGUGGGCACCUUGAAGGCAGCCAAGAAAAGGAAGGUGAUCACCUUUCAGGGCGAGUUGCUUCUCCAGGGCGUCCACGACAAUGUUGACGUCAUCCUGCUCCAAGAAUGAGGCUGCAGUUGGGACCGGACGGCCUCCAGCAGCUGUGGGUCUGACUGAAUCCUUCCAGAUACUGAGCUUCUGCAGUGUGAUGGCUUGUCACCGAGCUUCUGUUUCCAGUUAUAUUUCUCCAUGUAUAAGGCUCAGUGUCUGAACUCAAACGCAAUGACCAAACAGAUUAGACCUAACAGUAUACUUCUGGACCCAGCUGGUAUGUCUGCAUACACUUUCAUUUGAUUUCAUUGUGCCAAACAAAAUCAGUCAUAAAGGUGUUUUUGUUUUUUCAGGGAACUGAACUAUAGCCAUUGUUCAUAGUUUCAGAUGACAAGGAAAAGUGGUGUUUCUCCCUUUCUCAGGCGCUGCCGUUUUAUCAACCAGGGCUCUAAACUGUUUGAUACACUUUUAAGAGUAUAAACGCACAAAUCAGGAAUGUAAUAUUUUGUGUAACGCUUUCAUUUGUUAAUUUCUGUGCAUUAUCAGUACUGGCUAAUUAAGACAACCUAAUGCUUCUCAUUGGGCCCCGGUCACACCAGCAUUUGAAACAACAACGUUUCACAGUGAAAUCAAACCAUUCAGUGAUUCACUGCUGUGAUGAGUGGAUUCACUCAUGGGAGAAAAGGACUCAAAUUUCUACAUCAAGUUCACCUUUGGUAUUACCUUUCGAGGCAGUCGGGUUCACAACUUCACGACUGAAUCAGUAAUCUCAUGCCCCAAUCGGUAUCGUAAAUCCAGCUGCCUCGCAAGGUAAUACGGUGGUUCAUCCAAUCACCUGCCAAGCAUUUUUUUCCCAAGCAGUUCUCCAUGGAUGACUUCUCAGAUGGUUCAAACCAUUUGCUGCAUCAGGUUACCUUUAGUAAACUCUGACAGGCAAAGGUAUUGAGAAUGCUGAACUUUUUAGGGAAGGUAGAGCCAGACAGUCUGUAAAAAGGGGAAGCUAUUAUAGUUUAUUGGCUGUAUCGUACCAUCCACUUUCAUUUAACCUCCUCUGUCGUAGUAUAUAUUUCAGAGUAUAUCUCUAAAGUAAGGAUAAUGGAAUGGGGUAAUAACGGUCUGUAGACAUUUAUGAGACAGAAUGGAUGGUACCAAUACAUCUUUUUAACGUAAAUGAUGGGAACACCGUUAGACACCAACUCACUCUUUAUUAUAUGGUAAUGAAAUUAUGUACAAUCUUGGGAAUAGAAGUAAAUUCAGAGAGGUAUUGUGACUGACUUGUGCUUGUGUUGUCCUGCCCUGCCAGUAGUCACUUCUGUAUGUCACCAAGCCUCUAGAAACACAUUUUUGCAUAGACGGGCUGGCGAAUUUCACUGUGCCACUUACUGGUGUGACCGGACCUAGAGACACAGAGGACAAAAUGCUGGUUAGAUUUAACAACUUGUAAUCAGUGUCAUACAAACGACGUCUUCAGCGGUUUAAUUUAAGCGUUCCGAUCUUGACGAAUAGUUUCUACUGGAUGCGUAUUUUUAAAGCUGCACUACAUUAGUAUUCUUAUUCUCGGUAUCACAGUGAGAGUUAAGACAUCAUGAACUACAAUGCAUGCAAUGUGAUGAGUAUAAGCACAUAUAAAUCUAGUGCAGGUUUAAAACAAAUGGUAUCGUGUGUCCACCGACAGUGUCGCCUGAUGGCAGUUCCAUUUAUUGUUUACAUGAGCCAUUUUUACUACCUCUGGACUUUGUAAUAAGGCGUUAUUAGAGUUCCUUUGGAAAUCCAAGAACAAUUCCUUCAUAGAAACUACAAAGACAACUGCAGUUCAAGAGAGACUUUUGCACCUUUUUUGUAUUCAUUACAAUGUGCUAGUGGUAGUUUUUAUUCCAUCUUUUUAUACACGAUCAGUGAUGAAUUGUGUCUUCUAAACAAAUUCCAAAACCUCUUGUUGUCUUUGUGAUAUCUAAGGAGAAAGAGUCUAUAAGCAAAUGGCGAAUGUAUUUAUUGUGCAAUUUUUAUUAGUGUAUAAUUACAGGGUGAUUGGUGCCAAAUGAAUAAAGAUGAAUUUGUAACGUUUCUCAGGACCAAAAUCAACACAACCAAAAUAUGUUUAAUAAAUGUCCUGUGGCUUAAAUUAGAUGUCUUAUGUGUGACAAGAGAUAUGCAUUUAUAGUUACGUUCCCUUUUUUUAUGUUGUUUUUACCACUCUUUAUUCUGUACUGUAGUCAAAUGAAACUCGCAGAUCAGGCACAAUCUCAUCUAAACUUAUCACUCGUGUCUUUUACUGUUUGUUUUGGGUUUUUUUUAAAAGAAAGCAUUCCUUUACUUGCCAGAAUAUCAUACACAAGCACAGCCAGCUUUGUACGGAGGCUAAAAGUGGUCAGAAUUAAAUGGAUAAAGGAGACAUGCACCAAAUAAAUGUAUAAACUCAGUCGAAAUGUGAAAUAGUGAAAUAUCUUUUUAAAAAUUUAGACCAAAAUGACAGCCAAUCACACGACUGGCUCUGCCCUGUUUCUCUUGAUUGACUGAAAAAGUGGCAUUCAUAGGUAAUUGGACAAAAUUGCAUUAUAAAAUAGAACAGACUCUGGAAAAGAGACAUUUUGAAAAAAAUUGAAAUGAAAAAUCCUAAAAUGUAUUAUAAAAAUUAAUCAAAUAUUUAACAAUUUAUAAUCAUUAGUGGUUAUAUUUCAGAUUUUGUAUGUUGUAAUUUUGAACAAUUUGGCUCUCCGUACAUUUGUUAAGCGGCUGCAAUGAUUUGAAUGUAAGAGAAAAGGAUUGUCUUUGAUAUCUACCAGAAGCACCAAAAAUCUCCAACUUUUUGCUUGAAUGUGACAUCUUGGCUGUACUUUUUAACUACAUAUCAGGCCUUGUUGGUGUUACAGUUAAGAGAAGCACAUUAUCAACCCUGUGACUCUCCUGAUCUGCAAGUUUCAUAAGACCCAUUUCACGUCCACUGCUGUCACAUCAACUUAGGAAGAUCUUUGAGGUCCAGGUGUCUGUUGUUUUUUCUGUUUUAAUUUAAAAUCUGUGUAAGAGACCAUUCACUUGCCUUGUGAUUGUUCUCAAACAGCAUUAAUAGCACAAAUGGAUCAUUUCUUGAAAUCUAGAAAACUGAAAUUAUUAAUGAGCUAAAACUGUAUGAAUGUCUCUUGAAAGUAGCCUGGAAAAGAUCAGUCAUGUGAAAUCUCAUUAUUGUAAUACAAAGUAACGAGUUCAGUGCCGUAAUAGCCUGUUUUUUUCAGAAGAGGAAACAGUUGUGGAACAAAGUUGUGGAAAUUAUGUAAUAAAUUACAAGUGAGGAAGAAACACGCUGCUUGCAUCACUGUCAUUUUGGAAAAUGUAAGAUUGUCCUGCUGUUGCACUCACCAUGCGCGCUGCUCUGCGAUCGACUUUCAGAUGACUUGUUUAAACACAAAUGCGGAUCACAAGCCAACAUGUAACAAGAGGAGAAAGUUAUUGUCAGAGCGGCGCCGAUAUUUCGAGCCAUUUCCACUCUGUUCCAUAUCUGUGAACCAGUUUGACGCCUGCAUGAUGAAGUGUUAAAAUGUGUCAUUACUGUCUUUUGUAUUGGCAAUAACACAAUC